ACCCUCUGUAGGGCUGCGGUGCGCACCUUUAGUCUCCUGCGUGCCAGAGCAAGCGAAGCUCACCGUGCUCUGUCCGCACUUCUCCGCCUGUCUUUCCACGCCUUAUCCCUCCCCAGGUCGCCGACAGCACCCUCCCCAGCGCCCUCGUUUCUCAGGCCCGGGCCGGAGGCUGGAGGCCGCCCGCCCGGAUCUCGACCCCCGCGCCCGCGGAGCCCACCUUCCGCAGCGUCGGCGGGACCAUGCUGGAGUCCAUUCGCGUGACGGAAAAGCUUCACUGGCCUGAGCAGGAGCUGGCUAAGAAGUCUGUCCUGCAUGCAGAGGAGUCCUUGGUCACGGACAGCAAAAGAAGCAGUCCACGCUUACCUCCCGGCAUACUGAAGGACAUUUUCACGACUGGGACCAGCAGUUACAAUGUCCUCCUGCAGAGCAAAGAGGAGAAGAAGCACCACUCACAAAAGCAGUCUUCAUCUGCAUGCCCCAAACGAUGCAGAAAACCCAGCAAGACCCCUAGCUCUUCUCGCAGUAAAGAUCUUCGCAAGAUGAAAACGCCAGUGCCCAGGAUGAGCGGCGGCACCUGGUACUGCCUGGAGAGGCAGCCCACGGUUUUCGUCGCUAGUCCCGUGUCAAGUCCCGCCAAGUUCACGCACGAUAUCUCUGUCACAGGGAACAGCAUAGGACUGCCGCCGAAACCCAAGGUCAAGCGACGCCAUUUCUCCACCCUUUCAAAGCCAAAGCCGCAGCUGCAGCCGCAGCCGCAGCUGUCCAGAAGUUUUGAAAAGGGAGAUGACUUUUCUGGAAAGAAGUUUUGUAUACUGACUGCUAUCAAGCCCACGAACUUGGAGAAGGAAAAGCUGAGGUUCUUCAAGUCUGACUACACGUACAACCCCCAGUUUGAAUACGCCAACCCCGCCCUGCCCAGCGUGCUAGCCAAGCACAGCCACGUGUCCGACCGGUUCCUCAAGCAGUCUAUCAAUAUUAUGGAACUGACUUUGCAGAAAUACGGGAGUUACGAAAACUUCGAGCAGGCCACGGGUGGUAGCCUGCUGUCGAAGCCGCGGAUCUGGAGCCACGUCAGGAAGUACAUGGCGAAGGAAGGCUGCAUGGGCGAGAUCGUAGUCCACCUCACCGAGGACCUGCUGUCCCGAGCCUCGAUGACGGUGGUCAACGGGUGUCCGACGCUGACCAUCAACGUCUCCACGGCCCGCGAGCACUGGCUGGAGGGCAUGCUGAGGCAUGAAAUAGGCACACACUACUUCCGCGGGGUCAACAACCUGCAGCAGCCGUGGAGCAGCUGGAGCGGCCGCAGGAAGCUCGAGCUGAAGCCGAACAACCCCACGGAGGAAGGCCUGGCGAGCAUCCACAGCGUCCUGUUCAGGAAGGACCCCUUCCUGUGGCGAGCCGCCCUCCUGUACUACACCGUGCACCAGGCCGGCCAGCUGUCGUUCCGCGAGCUCUUCGAGGACAUCGGCAGGUUCGUCUCGGACCCGCACACGAGGUGGGAUUACUGCGUUCGAGCCAAGAGGGGCUGGACGGACACCUCCCAACCAGGGUGUUUCAGUAAAGACCAGGUGUACUUGGACGGCAUCCUGCGGAUCCUGCGGCACCGGCAGACCAUCAACUUCCCCCUGCUGACCGCCCUGGGGAAGGUCUCCUACGAGGAUGUGGACCGCCUGAAAGAACUGGCGGUCACCGAAAACAUGCGGGUGCCUCACUUCCUGCAGGACCAGGGCCGCUACAGGGAGCACCUGGAGAAGAUCAUGGAGGUGAACGAGCUGACCGACCAGGAGCUGAGGGAGCUCAUCUGCUGACCGGCACCCUUGCAGACGCAGCCGCGCCGGACUCCGUGUGGGUGCCCAGGCAGCAGCGCCCCGCGCACCAGCGGGCUCGCCAAGGGAGAGAGACUGUUCACGCGAGUUUUCUGGAGACCGAUCAGCAGGAUUCCACUGAACCUUUAGGUGAAGUGCAAACCUUAAACCGUUUCCCAAAAAUGUUUCCACGAGGGAACGUCGCCCAGAGUCAGAGGGAAAUACUCCCGAUGAGUGUUUCCGAAGAACCGCGGGCGCACUGAGCGCCCGGCCUGUGCCGGGCACCAUCGAGGCCGCUGCGGCGGGAGGCUGAAGGCCGAGCCCCAGGGCGGGCAGCUCCCAGGGCGGGCGUCCAGCACACCGAGGUAAUGACCGUCCUCUGAAAAACGAGUUGUGUUGCCCUCAGAGCUAGCCGUGUCUAAGGUUUCUUAUGUCUCAUGUGUAAAGUGGUGUUGGCAGGGGAACAAUUUGACACGUUUUCACCAGUUCUUCACGCGUGAUCUCACCGCACCCGCUCCUGGGAACUACAUCAGAGAGUCAUCUCAUUUUGUCCAGUUAUCCCCUAACUGAUCUCUGUUUUCAUUCGCUGAAACAGGUGUACCCCUUCAAAGUGUUAACCAGGUUUUAGGGUCUUUCCCUCUCUGUUCCUUUGUACAAAUGACAAGUACAAGUUCCAGAGAGGUUUAUCUGCAUAAAUUAAAACAGUUGGGGAAGAGAGAAGCAACUCACCUUUCACUCAACGGAGCAAACACGGGACAGACUACUCGACUUCCUGUAGGAGGAGCCGGACGUUGGCCGGGUAGCACCUGCAGUAACCUUGACCAUGCCCUGACCGAUGCAGUUCCAGGGCGUUGCCGUGUGAUGAGCCAGCCUUGUGAUAUUGGCUCCGCGUAUUUCACUGAAAUGUUUGACGUCGUCAACCCAAUAAUGACAUAGUUUGAAUUUCAAAAAUGAGAGUUCCUAUUUGCUACAGUUCUCCUGUUAAACGCUUACUCACCUGGCUUUAUAAUUUGUCAAUUUUCACAUAUACUUGCAUAUAUAUACUUGGGAUCAAAUGGUUCUUCAAACAACUUAUUUUAAUGAUCAGAAAGAAUACUGCUGUAGAUACCGCAUUCAAAAUUAACAAAUAAAAUUGAAGAAUAAAGACCCCCCCACCAAAAAAAAAAAACCCACCCACACAAAAUCGCCACUGUACUUUCUACCCAGAGCUACCUGAAAGUUUAUCUUUGCCUCAAACCAGGCUUAAAUAUGGUGCUAAUACAGAUGUAACUGCAAAGCCGGGUCCACAUUCGUGCUAGGAGAGGACUUCAGGAAAUCGUUUGCAGGCUAGGUUAUGAGAUUUUUCUCGUUCACGCAUCCGGAAGGGCUUGCUUUCCAGGAGAACGCUGCAGCGGACAGGACGCACGCUGACCGGUGCCAGGCGGUUCCUGCAGAGCCAGCAUCCGGUCUGGGGCGCUGCGGGCGGGCCAGGCUCCAGGCAGCGGGGAGGGUGCCCCCGCCGGCCGGCCGGCGCCGUGUGCCUGGGCGUGGCCUGCGCGUCUCGGGAGGCUGCGGGCGCAGUGGGCCGACUCUCACCAGACCCCUGACCCCUCAGGCGCUGUUUUCUUGUAUCGGAACCAUCCAGUUCCCGCUUCCUGUAGUGUUUUCUCACUUCACCUCCAAGCUUAUCAAAGGUGAUUGUGAAAAAACUGUGUCUUAUUAACUGAAAUUGAAGUACAGACAGAAGUGACAAUGUUUCUGUCCUGAGAGUUCAGCUCAAAGGCUUGUAAAUCCAGCAUCUGUAGGCAAUCACACUGCUACUUCUACAUUCUGGUCCAAACGACAAGGAAAAUCACAGCAGCCUUAACUCCCUGCUGGUGGGAUUAUUUGCCGUGACUCUAGUUCUGAAUUUUUAAAAUGGCUAGAUAUUCUCUCUUUACCUGAUUUGGAAAAGGAAAAACUUUCUUGCCUUACUGCCUCAGUAUAUACAAUCAAAAAGACAUGAGCACUGUUCAGACAAAAGAUGACUUUAAAUCACAUCGAUUGUCUUAAGACAUUUUAAGAGUUAGCAAUGAACCAAAAAGUAGUUUGAGAUUAGCAGAAAAGCUAAGCUUUAAAAGUUGGGAUUAAAGAUUUUAUUAAGGUUUAUUCUCUUUCCUGAAAUAGCAUUGUAAUGUCAGAUUCAUUCCGUAAAUAAAAGUUUUAAUACAUAGAAAAUUGUAACAGCAGUAUUUAGGGGAAUAAUUGAAGAUCACAUUAGUUUUCAUUAUAAUAGUUAUUUGCUCUAGAUGAUUGAUGAUUGGGAUUUCAUCCAUUUUGCCUACUGAAAUUCUAACAUGGUUGCAUCAAACAAAUUCUGAUGAGCUGUUUGGUUUUCACACAAGACAGGAUUCAAAGUAAAAUUGUUUGCAAACAAAAUUCCAUAGUCUUCAUUUCUUUAUAUUUUCAUCUUUGUAAAAGUGUUUGAAAUUUGUAUGGUUGGUUUUGUAAAUCU